CGUUCUGCCCGUCUCGACGAACCAAACAUUUCCAGAAGGGGGGGACGACACACCACAUUCCACAGGGAGGUGUUUUUGCUCUGGGCGACAAGCAAACGAUGGGGAGGGAUUGCAAGGAGGCCGCGCGGGCUCUUUACGCCUGCAUGAAAAAAACUCAAUGCAUGAAGGAUGGUGGCCGCCUGAAGGAUUGCCUGAAAACAUCCGACAGGGAGUUCUGCAGGCAGGAUCACCAGUCGUUUUUUGAGUGCAAGCGCGGUCAGCUGGACAUGAGGACGAGAAUACGGGGAGAGCGGUCCUUCUGACACGCGCUCGGGCGAGGGUUGGGCAGCAAAUGAAAGCUUGAUUCCGGGGUCUCUAUCUAACACGCGUUGCGACGCACGAAAGGCCCCGGGUGUUCAUCACCUUCAUGAGACAUGCCUCUGUGUGAAGCAGGCGUUUUUCCAGUGGGGGGACUGUGAGUCGUUGGUACCGGCAGGAAUAUGGUUGCAGGGCCUCCGGUGGCCGUGUGUUUUCUUUCGCGACUUGGGCAACGCGUUGUUGCCCUGUUGUUGAAGUCCGGUGCUGGUGACUAUCUUGUACACCUCUUCGCAGGUGCAGUUAGCUGGUUGCGAGGGGCCUGCCGUCGCGGGACGUAUACAUGUCGUUUUUUGCAAUAGCGCUUGAGAUAUAUUUCGGGUACCAGGAUAGCGGCGUCGGGGGUAGGGGUGUGGCACUCGAAUAGAACGAGAGAAUAGCCGUGGCGCUAGAAAUAUUUCCUAUGUUCGAGCACCCCACAUAUUUGUAGGUAUGCAUAUGUAUGGGG